UUUAGGUUGGAAGCCGCAUUUUCACGCAAUAACUCUAUGAUUUCGGAUUACAAGAUUGAUUCGUUGAGUGUUACUGUUGACGGAAUGACGUCACAAGCGUACAUCGAUUCUAUUUCCACGCAAACUUCAUCAUAUUCCUUAUCAUCGCUGAUGAUUGUAAUCAUCACUUUCGCAUUGGUCAUCAUUUUCGGAUUGGCGAUCUUUAUUAUCAUGAUCACCACAAAACGGCGACGUCAAUCGACGAUGAAGCUGAGCAUGGACGACACGAUCCGUAGCAACACACCGGAAUCCGACGACACUCCGCAUAACGUGCAUUUAAUGUCAUACGGAACAACGCCCAGACCAUCUCAAAAGCAGCCGGGACCAAUCACAAAAACACAAAUCGACAAGACGAGCUCACCUAUGUAUUGAUUUAUCGAUUUUUUUUUCCAAUUUCUUAAAUAUCGAUUUUUUUGGAUUUUAAAAAUUGAUUUUUAUGAUUAUAAAAAAUCGAUUUUUUUGAUUUUUCCAAAUCAGAUUUAUUGAUUCUAGUGAUUUUUUAAUCAAUAAUCAACAAUAUAAUCGAUUUUCAAAAAAUCAAUAAAAUUUAAUUUUAAAAUUCAACAUUAUCGAUUUUUCAAAUUGUUCAAAAUUCUUCCGAAUUUCUCAUCUCAUUUUCUAGGUUACCUCUUCUCUCAUUUCACCCAUUUUUCCGACAAAUUUUGAGCCUAGCUCCGCCACCCGCCUCGGGGCUCCCCCGAGAAACCUCUGGUGCGCGCCCUUCUGUAAAUAAUCAUUUUCCCGUCCGUUUCCCCCUACUUGCCAUAUCAUCGAUAUAUUCCGUUUAUUUAUUGGAUAAAUUUUUUUGCAAACAAAAA